AUGUGCUGAGGCUAGAGUAGCCACCAUUUUGCAUGUCUAGUGUGUUCCUCCCUCCAUUGCUAAUAGAGACGAUUCCAGUUCUUUUCUGGCAUCAUUACGGCUCAGAAUGCCAGCUCCGAUCAGACUGCGGGAGCUGAUCCGGACCAUCCGGACGGCACGGACCCAGGCAGAGGAGCGAGAGAUGAUCCAGAAAGAGUGUGCUGCUAUCCGCUCGUCUUUCAGAGAGGAAGACAACACAUACCGUUGCAGAAAUGUGGCAAAGUUACUUUAUAUGCACAUGUUGGGCUACCCAGCCCACUUUGGGCAGCUGGAGUGUCUGAAGCUGAUUGCAUCCCAAAAGUUCACUGACAAACGGAUAGGUUAUUUGGGAGCUAUGCUUCUUCUGGACGAGAGACAGGACGUUCAUUUACUAAUGACAAAUUGCAUUAAAAAUGAUUUGAAUCACAGCACACAGUACGUCCAAGGCCUGGCUUUGUGCACUUUAGGCUGCAUGGGGUCCUCAGAAAUGUGUCGUGACCUGGCGGGGGAGGUAGAGAAGCUGCUUAAAACAUCCAACUCAUACUUGAGGAAAAAGGCAGCAUUGUGUGCAGUCCAUGUCAUCAGGAAGGUCCCAGAGCUCAUGGAAAUGUUUCUUCCAGCCACAAAAAACCUGCUGAGUGAGAAGAACCACGGUGUUCUGCAUACAUCUGUCGUCCUCCUUACUGAGAUGUGUGAAAGAAGUCCUGAUAUGCUGGCCCACUUCAGAAAGAAUGAGAAGCUGGUUCCACAGUUGGUGAGGAUCCUCAAGAACCUAAUAAUGUCUGGAUAUUCUCCUGAACAUGAUGUGUCGGGCAUAAGCGACCCUUUCCUGCAGGUGCGGAUAUUGAGACUACUGAGAAUUUUAGGCAAGAAUGAUGAUGACUCCAGUGAAGCAAUGAAUGACAUUCUCGCACAGGUUGCAACAAACACAGAGACGAGUAAAAAUGUAGGUAAUGCAAUCCUGUAUGAGACUGUACUGACCAUAAUGGACAUCAAGUCUGAAAGUGGACUGAGGGUUUUGGCCAUUAACAUACUAGGUCGCUUCCUUCUUAACAAUGACAAAAAUAUAAGAUAUGUGGCAUUGACAUCUCUACUAAAGACGGUACAAACAGACCACAAUGCGGUGCAGAGGCAUCGGAGCACCAUUGUGGAUUGUUUAAAAGAUCUGGAUGUCUCCAUUAAGAGACGUGCGAUGGAGCUGAGUUUUGCCCUCGUGAACGGCAACAACAUCAGAGGCAUGAUGAAGGAGCUGCUCUACUUUCUGGACUCCUGUGACCCAGAAUUCAAGGCAGACUGUGCAUCAGGAGUGUUUCUAGCUGCUGAGAAAUAUGCUCCUUCGAAAAGAUGGCACAUAGACACCAUUAUGAGAGUACUCACAACGGCAGGGAGCUACGUGCGAGACGACUCUGUUCCCAACCUGAUCCAGCUCAUCACAAACUCUGUGGAGAUGCACGCGUAUACAGUUCAGAGACUUUACAAAGCACUGCUGGACGACAUUUCACAGCAACCUCUUGUGCAGGUUGCGUCAUGGUGCAUAGGAGAAUAUGGAGACCUCCUGGUGUCAGGGCAGUGUGAGGAAGAGGAGCCCAUCCAGGUGACUGAGGAUGAAGUUCUGGAUGUAUUGGAAGGUCUUCUGGUGUCCAAUCUGUCCACGCCUGUGACCCGCGGCUAUUCCCUCACCGCCAUCAUGAAGCUGUCGACUCGUUUCAGCAGCGUGAACCGAAUCAAAAAGGUGGUUUCAAUAUACGGGAGUAGCAUUGAUGUGGAGCUUCAGCAGAGAGCCGUGGAGUACAACGCACUUUUCAAGAAAUACGACCACAUGAGACCCGCUCUUCUUGAACGUAUGCCUAUUAUGGAGAAGACGGCCUCUAAUGGUCCCACAGAAAUCGUACAGACAAACGGAGAGACUGAGCCAUCUACGGUGGAGGCAAAACAUCCACCGCCUGUUACCCAACCAACAAACCAAGCUAAUGAUUUGUUAGACCUGCUGGGUGGAAAUGAUGUGGUGCCGGUAAUCCAGACUACGAUUCCCACAAAGCCUGCAUCAGCUGGAGGAGAGCUGCUUGACCUCCUGGGCGACCUCUCACUAAGUGGUGGUCCGGCGCCUGCACCCGCUCCCUCAGUGCCCACUUCCCAGCCACCUUUCCUGCUGGACGGGCUCACUUCACAACCCCUGUUCAAUGACAUCGCAGCUGCAGGUAUUCCUUCCAUGACUGCAUACAACAAGAAUGGUCUAAAAAUAGACUUCACAUUUGAGAGAGCUAACCCCAACCCAAACAUCGCAGUCAUCACCAUCCACGCCACCAACUCAACAGAGGCUGAAAUGACCGACUUUGUUUUUCAGGCUGCAGUACCAAAGACAUUCCAGCUGCAGCUCCUUUCCCCCAGCAGUAACGUCGUCCCAGCUCUCAACCAGGGAACUGUAACACAGGUCAUCAGAGUUCUCAACCCACAGAAGCAACAACUACGAAUGAGGAUCAAACUAACCUACACCCACAAAGGCUCGGCCGUGCAGGACCUGGCAGAGGUUAAUAACUUCCCACCGCAGUCGUGGCAGUGAUGACCGGCUCCUGCUGCCUCCAAAAAGCCCCACCAAGGGAACUAUGAAAACCUUUUUUUUUUUUUUUUUUUCCCCUUCUCCCACACGUUUGCCUCCCACCUUUUCUUCCAAUGGACCGCCCUGUGACAUCACUGCAGAUCGCUGCCCUCGAGUUGCAUGGGAAGCAGCAGAGCAUCAACCACAGGAGGAUAGAGCAGAUGUUAUGAAGACCCUGUUGGCAUUACAAGAGGAAUUGGGGAAAAAACAUAUCAAUCAUUGAACUUUCUCUUUUCGCUCUUAAUUGAUCUCUUAGUAUGCUGAUGUAUUUUUCUCACACCCCUCUGUCACCACACCCAGAAGGAUUCAUGCGCACCGUCCACUGUGGCACACUUUACCUCUGAAAAAGUGUUGCCCCCUUUGGGCUCUUUCUUUUUUUUUUUUUUAAUCCUAAAAUGCAGUUUGAGGCAUUUGCUCCCUUGAUCGGUAGGAUUGGCUUUGCUUUCACAAACCAUCAUCCCUAUGAUGGCAGCAGAAAAAACUUUGUAAACUUUUUCUUUCUCCACACUGUCAACAAUAUAACUUCAGAGUUGUAUUCAUUCUGAAUUACAUUAAUUUGCUAAAUGCAUGUGUGCUGGGGUCACAAUCACAUCUGGACUUUAAGCUCCGAGGGGGGAUUUUCUGAUUCUGUUUGUAGGCCACUUCAUCCAACUCUGUUUCUGGGUUCAGAACAUUUCCCCUCAUCCAACACCUCAUCUGUAGGGAAUCGACAGCUUGUAGAUCUGUACAAAACAGCAAGUUUGAUGUACUGCAGUGAAUACGUUAUCGCUCUGAAACUUACCUGAAAACAAGUUGCGUUUGUGUGAGAGAGAGAUCUGCAUUUUAAACUUUUCCUGCAUCUGUGUCAUCAGCCAGGAUUGCAUUUUGACUUCUAUUUCUGAUUUGUUUAACCUGAUUGAACUUGGUCACCAUGCUCACACAUGUAAAUGAAGCUUGUCAUGAAUGUAGUAACUUGCACUGAAUGCUUUUCUUUCCCCUCUCUUAAUUCUUCUUUCCAAGUUUUUAUUUUUUAUUUUUAUUUUGUCGGGGAUGCUCCUCUUAUCGGCACUGAUUUUGUGAGAGUUUGUUUUGUUUCUGCAGUAAUUAUGCCUGAUAUCAAAGUGAUGUGCCUUUCUGACUUAGCUGAGUUAAAAUAAAAUAAAGUGAGCGUCGUCUGUCGCUCUUGAUGGAUUUCAACUAAAAUACCACUAACCUGAGCAACAAUUUUAGUCCAGGAAUUUGUAAAUUAUAGUAAAAUAUUUCAAAUUAUAUCUUGAUUUUCUCAGAUUUCUAAUAAAAACGAGAGUCGAUCAUAUUUAAAUCCUAUAAUUAAAACAAAGUUAAUGGCAGCUAAUGUGUGUAAACGUUGACAAGCUGGCGUCGGGUUAUUUUUCAAAUCCUCCCCAAAAUCCAUCAAGCAACAGAGACUGAAUUAUUAGUCAGAGCUAACGUAACUUUUUUUUGAAGCCGCCUUCACUCUCGUCAGAAGCAUACCGUCAUCGGGGAUAGGAACCUUAAUACCUCACACUGUUUUCUUUCUGUUAACUUUAGUGGCAGGACAUCGGCAGCUUUUGUUUAGUCACCAAAUGCAACAGAGGGGGAGUGUCUGCAUGAAGAAAACUAACAGUAGUCUGUGCAUCUCAUUACUGAACUCACAGCCUCACUAUGAUCCGCCGAUAUAACUCCUCUCACUAUGCUUCACUAUCUUUUAACUUCUGUGACCAAAUCAGAGAUCUACUAUUAGCUUUGGAAAUAUUUUUGAGCUCAUGAUAUGUGUAUAUGGAGAAAUCUUUUUUCUGCUGAACGUUUUUCUUCUGUUUGUUGAUGAAUGCUAUAUUGGCUUUUUUUCUGUACAUACUGAGGGCUUUUACAAAUGUUUGUCUACUGUACUAUCUUUCAUCCUUUUUUUAGAUAUCAUUUUCUAAACAAAAUUCCAACUACUCACAAUGUACAUUGUCUAAAUAGAUUUAGUCGGUCUAUAAUGAGACAAGUAUGUAUCAUCACUCAUUCAUUGUAAAAGAUUUAUGAUCUGCCUGUACAUUGUAUAUAGUUGUAAAACAAAAACGCUGAUCAGAUUAAAUAAAAUCCACAUAAAAGAUUA